CCAAAUUGUAAUUUCAUUCUUGCUGUUUUAUGAUAAUUUAAGUGGAAAAUUCCAAUUUUUUAAACAAAUUUUCCGUCUCUAUUCAUUCAAUUAUCCUUAAGCACGUCAACAUGGUGAAGAAAGGAGAUAAGAUUUCACCGCAAUCGGUUUUUUAUUUUUUACAUUUAGUGAUUCAUUCAUAUUGUGCACAGAGCUUUAGGGUGUAAUAGGUUCAUAGGAAAAUACAUCCACAAAUACAAGAUGACUUUCACCCCAAGAGUAUUAUCAAUCCAGAGUCAUGUUGUUUCUGGAUACGUUGGGAAUAAAAGUGCUGUAUUUCCCAUGCAGCUUUUAGGAUUGGAAGUGGAUUUUAUCAAUUCCGUUCAACUUUCUACUCACACUGGUUAUAAAUGUGUCAAAGGACAGAUAUUAUCUGAAAAAGAUUUGGCAGACUUGGUUGAAGGCUUAGUCGCUAACAAUAUCGAUUUUUAUUCUCAUUUAUUAACUGGCUAUAUUGGAUCAGAAUCGUUUCUGAAACAAGUCAUCACAGUCAUUAAGCAUUUGAAGGAAAAAAAUCCAGAUCUUGUUUAUGCCUGUGAUCCUGUUAUGGGAGAUCAUGGAAAAUUGUAUGUUCCCAAGGAACUUGUGCCCAUAUACAAAGAAACGGUACUAUCACUUGCUAAUAUCAUAACACCAAAUUUGUUUGAAACUGAGUUGUUGACUGACAUGCGUAUCACUAAAAUUGAUGAUGUAUGGAAAGCUAUUGAAAUUUUACAUGAAAAAGGAUGCCAGACAGUAGUCAUUUCAUCGGCGGAAAUUGGACAAAAUAAGGAUACUCUAUCAGUGUUCGCGAGCACCAAAAAAGGUGAUUCGACUCAGAAGCUUUCAAUGCAAUUGAAAAAGUUGCCUAUAAACUUCAUAGGCACAGGCGAUUUGUUUGCAGCAUUGUUUUUGUCUUGGAUGCAUAAAAGCUCGUAUAACUUGAAGGAAUCUUUGGAAAAGACUAUUGCAACAUUACAGGCCGUUUUGAAACGUACAUCAGAGGGCCUUCAAGAUCGUGAUUUGACCCCAAGGAAUAUCGAGUUGAAGUUGGUGCAAAGCAAACUCGAUAUCGAAAAACCAAAAAUUAUCCAAGAGGCUACUGUUGUGCAAUAAAUAAGUUUUUAUUUCUUUGACGAAAAACGUGUGUAAUUUUUUUUCAGUAUCAGAGAAUUUUAAAAUGUCUUCCUCAUAACUUAAGCAGGCAAAACAGCCAUGUUUGCUUAAUUCGAAUUGUGACGAAAUCAAUAAUAAAACGAUUGUAUAUUUAUAUUUACCUUUUAUUAAAAUGUAAUGUUACAAUAAAAAUUACGAACUACAAA